AUGGCAUGUUUCACUGACCCUAGUUCCAUUCCCAGGAUCUCUGAGUUGCUCGAGAUCCUUGGCUAUGCCAAUAGUGAAGUGCCUGGAUUCGUUGCAUUCCAUGAUGCUUACCAGGCCUUCCACAAAACUUUCUUCACGAAGCAAGACCGGAAAGGAACCACACUUCACGACUGGCAGAAUGACCAGCAUCGACUGGGUCUGAGGAAGAUGGCGGUAGAAUUCCUUGGUUAUGACGGCUAUGGACGGAAAUUUUGGCCUGAUGAAGACGCUGGAUCUCGAACUGUCAGACUCAGGUACCCAGUCGACAAAAUAACAAUCACGCAAUAUCUACAGCAGCUUUUCUGGCGACUCGAAGAGCAGCAGCAUUCAAAGACCAAGACCACAUUGAAUGAAAGGGGCCACACUUACGAGAAUCCAAUUUACGUCGAUGAUGAUGAACCUCAGGAAGUCGAGUUGAAUGGAGAAGUCAGUAGUUUCAGCCCGAACAAAUCUCCGGAAUCUACCGUCCAUUCUCGGUACAUUGAUCCAAGCCUCAGUGACCUUGACUUGGUUGAAGCUCGAAAAAACCUGCCGAACGGGCACGAAGUUGGUGAUCGGGGGCUCAAGACUCUGAUAACCAAGGCGCAGGGCCAGCACAUGUUCGCGAACAUGUCGAUCAUUCCAGUCGACGAUCGUCAAUGUGCUCCCUACGCGCAUAUGGCUCCUGAGAUACAGGUGCUUCAACAACAGAUCACCAACGGCAGUGACUCUUCAUCACGAGUGCUGCCAGCUGAGUUGGCGUCCAACGCACUGCAUUCAACUGUUCUUGCCUUGAAACAGGCCGACAGAAUUCCUUCCUCGGCAGUUGUCAGAAGCCAGGGAAGCACAGACAAUGGUGUUCAACAGCCAGCUAUUACCAACCAAACUACUCACACUGCAUCGGCGCAACUGUCGACACUGAAGGCUGACUGCGAGAUAAAUUGGGCAGUGAUGGUGUUUUCUGGUGGAGAAGAGGCGAGGCUUGUCUGGGUCAAACUUGCUAUUCACAUCGUUAUGGACUGGCAGGCGAAGACUCCCGAUGAGGAGGAUCUUUUCGUAUCCCUCGAGUUUGAAAUGCAGUGCAGUAUCUGGAGUCGUGUUGAUGUCGAGACAGGGUUCGGCGAAGAUAACGCCGAUAUGGAAUUCCCAGCCUGCCCCGUCGAAGAGGUGGACACUGGGCAAAAGGCUGCUGGGGAUGUAUGGGAGAACGACGGGGAGGAGUGCAGGAGAGGUCAAAAGAUGCGCCCCGGUGAGAAUUCAGAGAAUUCGGGGCGCGGCGGAAAGGCGGACGACAGUGGAGCGCCACAGUAG